AUGAGGGUGUUUGUUGGAUACCCCUCUGCUAAGAAGAGGACAUACAACUGGUCCGCCAAGGCAAAGAGAAGACACACCACUGGCACCGGCAGAAUGAGGUAUCUGAGGACUCUGCCUCGCCGCGCAAAGAACCAAUUCAGAGAGGGUACAGUUGCAGUUAUGAAGGAAGAAGUGCAGACUCUCCCUGCACCUGAUGUCGCUCUCCUGUGCUACCGCGUGGGGGGCCUCCUUAAUACCCUCCGCCUCUCAGCUAGCAAGAGGGGGCCCCCAGGGGGGGCCCCCCAGGGGGCCCAGAGGGGGGCCCCUGUAGGGGCCCCCAAGGGGGGCCCCCAGGGCCCUGUGGGGCCCUCUUCUUGUAUGGAAGCGCUGGAAGCUGCUGCUGCUGUUGCUGCUGCAGUGCAGCAGAGGGUUGCGGGGGCCCCCGAGUUGCUGCAGGCAUAUGUCCCCUUCUUAUGGGUACUAGGAGAGGUCUUGCUGCAGCAAGUGGAAGAGGUGGGGGCCCCCUGCAGGCCUCGCGCUGGUGGGGGCCCCCCUAAAGGGGGCCCCUCAAGCGGAGAAGAGGACGAAGAGGGGCCCCCUGGGGAGGCCCCAGGGGCCCCCCAGGCCCUGAUAAAGCGGCAGCAGCGGCUGCGCGGUGCUGUCUAUAACUGUCUCCUGGGGGCCCUUGAGGACCUGCUGCAGGGGCCCCCCGAGCAGCAGCAGCAGCAGCAACAGCAGCAGCAGCAGCAGCAGCAGCAGCUUUACCUCGGGUUAGCAGCAGAAGCUGCUUCUCUCCUCCUUGCAAACGCCCUCUCCCCGAUUGGUUCAGCUGCUGCUGCUGCUGCUCUUGCUGCUAUGCUGCGGCGGGAGUGUCUGUGGGUACCGCUGCAGCAGCUGUUUGACUUGAUGGGGGGCCCCCCUGCAUUGCUGCAGCAGCAGGGGCCCCUACAGCAGCAGCUGCAGCGGCUGCUGCUGCUGCUGCUGCUUGCUGCUCUCCCUAAUUCGUUGCUGCUGCAGCAGCAAGAAGGCAGAAAAACCCUCACGCAGCUGUGGGGCCGCAGCAAAGGCCUACAGCUCGUCUUCUUCCGCCACUUGGUGUCUCUUAUUGAGGACCGCAGCGUCACGGCGGGGGACCUGCAGCAAAUGGGAAAUUUAUUUCUUCAGGCCUUCAAGGUGUCUCUUGAGGAUGGCUGUGAGUCCCUUGCCCCUCACCUGCAGCAGCUGUUGCGGGCUUCUCUCUUCUCCCCGCUGCAGCUGGCGCAGCGGUGCCGUUGCUGUUUGCUGCCGCUGCUGUCGCAGCAGACCUUCUCUGCUGCAGCAAGCAGCAGCAGCAGGGCUGCUGCUGCUGCUCUCACGGGGGCCCCCCUAGACACCCCAGUUGCUGCAGAAGCAGCAGGGGGGGGCCCCUCCGCUCCUUGCGGGAACUGGGAGAUCCGGCUGAAUGCCGUUUGUUUGUGGCAGAUACUCUGCAGCCCGCUGCCUCUCUCUCUCCUCAUCAACUCAAGAGAGGUGCUGGAGCAGAUGCUGGAGGACCCGUCCCCCACCGUGCGUCAUGCAGCUGUCUCCUUUUUGCUGCAGCUGUUGCGUCGCUGCUGCAGCAGCUCUAGCAGCAGCAGCAGCAGCAGCAGACAAGAUGUGAUGGUGCAGCCAGUAGCACUGACCGACUUGCUGCAGCUGCUGCUGGGGGCAGCAGCAGACCGACAGUCUCCAGCCCGCAGCAGCAGACUGUGCAGUAGUUUGCUGCAGCAGCAGCAGCAGCAGCAGCAAGCUAUUGCUGAUGCUGUUUGCUUGUGUCUGCUGCUGCAGCGACAGCUCGUGCGGGUUCUGCUGCAGCUAGGCCAGGACAGCAGCAGCUCCGUCCGCUUUGCUGCUGCGCUGCUGCUGGAUGCUGCCCCUGCUGCAGCACCUACUCUUUUGCCCCCCUUACCCGAGCAGCAAGAGCAGCAGCAGCAGCAACAGCAGCAACAACAACAGCAGCAGCAGCAGCAGCAGCAGCAGCGGCAGCAGCAGCAGCAGCUGCUGGCCCGUUGUGUCCUCCUUGCAGCAGCAGCAGCAGCAGCAGGGCCCCUUGAGGUCUCUCAGAGGCUGGCUAGCCGCAUAUGGAGCGAACUGUUUGCGCUCCCGCUGCAGCAGCAGGUGCGAGUGUUUGAGUCUCUAAGCAUUGGCCUUCGUUAUGUCCUCGCCGGGCUCCUGGGGGCCCCCUAUGAACCCUCCUGGGUACAGCUGAGGCCCCACAGCAGCCAGGGGGCCCCCAACUACAUCGAUAGAUGCAGGCUAGCUGCAGGCCUCUUCAAGCUCGUACACCCCCAGCUCGCAGCGUACAGCGAGGAUCCAACACAACUGCAGCAGCAGCAGCAGCAGCAGCAGCAUCUGCUGCUGCUGAUGAGCUGUAUGUACACCUGCGGGGCCCUCCUCAGCCCCAGGGGCCCCCAUGACAUCGAGCUGGUGAAGGAGGAGAGACACCUCAGCAGAUUCCUCAAUAUGACCUUCCCGAUUCCGUUGCUGCUGCGACACACGAAGGGCCCCCUGUGCUACGUGGCGUGGCAGCUGCUGCUGCAGUUGCCUGUCUCCGUUUUUAAUAUGUGUGGUGUCUCCUCUUCUGCUUGCUUGUCUCUCGUGCCCCCCAAGGACUGUCUCUCUGUCUCCGUUUCUGUCUCCUUUUGUGUGUCUCCUGGGGCCCCUCUGCUGGAGGAGACAGUCCCCUUGGAGGAGACAGAGGAGACAGCCUCGCACACUCUGCUGCUGCAGCAGCUGCUGCAGCUGCUCGACGCGUACCUGCAGGGCCGCUGCUGCUGCAGUGACACCCCAGCCGGCGCUGCUGCUGUUGCUGCAGCAGCAGCAGCAGCAGACGCGGCUCUAGCUGCUGCUGCUGCUCCACCGCCCCAGGGGCCCCACACGCUGCAGCAGCAGUCUCCGGUGUCGAGACAGCGCAGAUCUAAGCGGCCCAGAACCGGCUGCGGAGCAGCAGCAGCAACUGCAGCAGCAGCAGCAACAGCAGAAGCAGCAGCAGCAGCAACAGCAGAAGCAGCAGCAGCAGCCGCAGCAGCAGCGGAAGUAGGGGGGCCCCCCCCAGAGCAGCAGCCGGCGCUGUUCGCUGAGGUGCUGCUGCCAUUUCUGCUGCGGCGGGGGCCCCUGCUGCAGCGGUUCUUGGGGGCCCUUUGGGGCCCCGUGUUGUAUAUGAUUAAGCGUCUCCAUGCAGCAGGAGACAGAGGAGACACCCCACACAAACUGCUGCCCACAGGAGACAGCUCAGCAGCAAAACGAAAACCUAGAAAGGCAGCACGUGCAGCAACAGCAGCACAAGAAGAAGAUAUACACACAGAUAGCAGCAGCGGAUACAGCAGCAGCAGCAGCAGCAGAAGCAGCAGCAGCACGGACAGCAGCAAACGAAGAAAAGCACCCAAGGGGAGGGCCCCUGCACCGCGAGGCCGUAGCAGGGGUGGGGGCCCCACUGUGUCUGCCCCCGGGCGUGCUGCAGCAGCAGCUGCUGCAGCACAUGCAACAGCAGCAGCAACAGCAGCAGCAGCAGCAGCAAAGGGUACGUUUGACCGCCUUCUACAGGGGCCCCUGGGGGCCCCCAGCCCAGCAGGGUGGGGCCUCGGCCCCACAGCUGCUGCGCUGCAGGUCCUCGGGAUGCUGCGGUGUCUCCGCGGUGGCAGAGAGGCGCUGGGCCUCGAGGAGACACUGUCUCCUGAGGCAACAAACUCUGCUGCUGCUGCUGGUGCUGCUGCUGCAGCUAGUGCAGCAGCAGCAGCAGCAGCAACGGGAUCGGAAACGAGACGAAAGCGCCCCCGAAUGCAGCUGCAGCAGCAUAAACAGCAGCAACAGCAGCAGCAGCAGCAACAGCAGCAGCAGAUGCUGCUGCAGAUACCUGCUCGCAGCCUGCUGCAGCUGGCUACUGCUGCCUACUGCAGGGCCCUUGUGAGGGUACUGCUGCAGUGGGGGCCCUUCAAGGACCCGGCGGGGGCCCUCCAUCUGCUGCUGCAAGGGGGCCCCCGGGGGCCCCCUUGGCAUGAGUUGCUACCGCUCCCGCUGAGCCUCUUCUUAGGGGAGCACAGAGAAAAGCUGCUGCUGCAGCAGCUGCAGCAGCAGCAGCAAAAGCAGCAGCAACAGCAGCAGCAGCAACAGCAGCAGCAGCAGCAUUUGUCAGACAUCAAAGGCCUCUUGGGGGCCCCUGAGGGCCCUUGUCAAGGCACUGGGGGCCCCCCGCCUCCGCCGCACCGGCGAGACGCCAGGGGGGGCCCCUAG